AUGUCCAUCAGGCCCACUAAACCAAAGCCGGGUCCUUUUGGGAGGGACAUCCACAGGCUGCUCCAGGCUGCAGAGGCAGGUCACAGGGCUGACAUCUUGACCUAUUCCUCUGGGCAUCUGGGGCCCCGCAGUCUUGUCCUGAACCAACCACACCAAGAAACAAAGCAGCCAUUUUGGGCUACGUUCGAAAAACACAGGGAAACUCCAAAAUCUUUAACUCCCCGAAAAAAGCAGACAAAGGCUGUGAAGAAUAACAUGAAAGAAUAUUUGGCAGAGGUUAUGGCAGAUUUUACGUCACUUACUCUAGAGCAGACUUCGGCCUUAGAUCACCCCAAUGACUCCUCUUUUGAUGCUGUCCCAAGAGUAGAUACAUGUUUAAAUAACUCGCUUCCCUGCAUGAGAAAGCCCCUGCCCAAAAUCCAGCCAAAAUCUGCUCCUCACAAAAAGUCAGAAAACACAUCCAAACUGAGAGGCAGACAGUCUGAAAGCGACAAAGGCCUGAGUAAGAAAGAUCAGACACAAAAUUCUCAAGAGCUUGUCAAGCACGGUGUUUGGAUCGGGACAAACGCUGCAGAUCUGCAUGAGAAAAAACUAGAAACAGAGCUGCAGAAGCUGUCAUCCCCUCGCUGGCCCUGUAGAGACCGCCUCGGAGUGUUCAGUGACGUCUUUGGUGAUGUGUGUGAAAGCUCGACUGUAUUUGGACGCAUCCUGAGGGAAAUUAAGAAUGACUAUGACCAGUACGCCAACCAUAUGAUGUCCAUACUUGAAAAAAUGCCCUCUCAACACUCACUCAAGCGUCCAGGCACAGCGCCCACAGGAGACCUGGAAGCCAAAAAGAAGGAGGUCCACUUAUUGGAACAGGAAGCCAGAGAAGCACUAGAGGAAAACAAAAGACUGAAAGCAGAGUUACAGACCAUCUUAGAAAACUCAUGCCCAGAAGACAAAACCAUAAAUGAUACUCCUUUGUCUGAGUGGGACAGUGAGAACGCCAAUGGCUGCGAUACUACCGUUCAGUCCAAGAGGCGUCAAGUGUCCCGAGUUUGGACAGAGAUCCAAAAGCUGGAGGGGGAGCUUCAAGACAAACUGGUUUCUACUGACAUAACCACAGCCAUUGAAAAACAAAUUAGAGCCCUCAAGACAGAGAUAAUGAAGCUGAUGGUCUCAAAUAACCAGCUAGAGAUCACCAAUAAGGACCUUGAGGAUAAAAUCAACACCAUUUUGCAGCAAGAGAAGAUAAGCAAAGCCAUCAGACAGAUACUAUGGAGUGAAAUUAAGCCAAACCUGUGAAAACCUGUG